AUGAAAGGGUAUCAUGUCAGCCGUAGCAUGUCUCAGCACUCCUCUGGUGGUGGCGGAGGAGGCCCCUGCCACUGUGCUCCUGAGGACUGUGAUGGCCUGGGCAGAGACUAUUACCAUGGUCACAGCGAUGGCCAUUAUUAUCCACCAGGAGGUCCAGCUGAGGCUCUGGCACUGGAGAGGCAUCACUCCCAUUCACAUGCACACUCACACUCCCAUAGCCACUCUGGAGGGGGAACCUUUCCCCGAUCACACCCUAGCCAGCACCCACCUCUUCAGUCAUUUGACUCUUGCGAGGAGUGCCUAUCUUCAGGCCACGGAGGGAAGAUGCACCGCAUUCCCCCUAACUUGAUGGACCAGUUUGAGAAGCAGGUACCCUUCCACCCUGAUGGCUUUCACACAUUGCAGUACCAGCGCACUGCAAGCGGGGGCACCGAGCAACGUAGCGAAAGCCCAUCGCGUAUUCGCCACUUGGUCAAUUCUGUUCAGCGCCUUUUCGCAAAGUCCCAUUCACUGGAAGCACCAUCCAAACGAGAGUACAAUGGCACGAGAGGAGGUGGAGACUACCGGAGUGAAAGAGGAGGAGGAGGACAUCGGAGUGGAGGGGAGGAUGGCCACUACUCUGGCCACCAGUCUCGUUCUACCAGGAGGAGUAAGUCUCGAGAGCGUAGCAAGAGUGGAGACUCACGGCACGAGUCGGGCAGACGUCAUCGUAGCAGAACGGCAGGUUGGUGGAGCUCUGACGACAAUCUGGACAGCGACAGCAGUUUCUUGGUCAGUGGGGGUAGACGGGGGUAUCCCAGUGGGCACGAGAGCCUGGAUGCUGCUAUUCAGGAGCUCACCAUGCAAAAACCAAAAGAGCGUGGUGGUGGACCUGGGUCUGGCGAGUGCAUGGCAUGUACAACUAUGGCUAUAGCUGGAAGUGAGGGAGGAGGACAUCAUGGGCACCACGGUCAUUCUCUGAAAAGGAGCACCUGGUCAGCCAUGACAGUGAGCCAGGCCAGAGAGGUUUAUCCUUCCUCCAGGGGUGGAGCUUAUGAAAAAGCUCUAGUGCCCAUGGACAGUAAGCUAAAGGAGAGGACCUUCCACUAUCUGCAGGUCCCUUCAGAGGACUGGAGCGGUGGAUACGGCGGUGGCGGAGCGGCGGACAGCGGAGGGGAGAUCCCCUGCCGUCGAAUGCGGAGCGGCAGCUACAUCAAAGCCAUGGGUGACGAUGACAGCGCCGACUCGGAGGCGAGCCCGAAAGCCUCGCCUAAGUCUACUUUGAUUGCCCAGAGAGAUGCCUUCAGACGUGCCAUCAGCAUGGAUCAAAGGUACUCGUGUAAGCAGUGUACAGAUUCUUACCCGAACAACCGAACGGCACCGAAAACUCACUCUCGCUCUCGCAGUUACACGCGCUCUCUGACCAGCUCACAGCUAGGAGAAACGCUGAACCAUCAGUUUGAGGCCGUGUGUGAAACCAUGUUCGGGGAGGUGGAGUCUCAAGCCGUGGAGGCUCUGGAUCUUCCAGGCGUGUUCCGCACUCGCAGCCACAGCUACGUCCGCGCCAUCCAGGCCGGCUGCUCCCAAGACGACGACUGCCUGUCGGUCUUCUCCAUGUCCGCCCCUCAAGGAAGCGUCAAGGGUGGGGCUGUCUGCUCUUUCUUCUUUCCUUACCGUAAAGGUGCUCCACCACCGCUCCCGCCUCGCAUGUCCAAGUCUUCUCUCUCGGUGCGAGCCCAGAGCAGCACUGAGUCCACCCAGGAUGCCUACUUUCAGAGCGGUGGACAGAUGGCUGCAGGCCCCGGCCCCGGGCGCCCCAAGCAGCACAGCAACUCAGUGGACCUUGGUAGCUCUGACGGGCCCUCGGGCCGCACUUCCAGAGGCGGGUACUACAUGACCAGCGGCCCCGGAUGUUCCAGACAGCACAGCAACUCUGCAGAGAGCCUGGAUGGGGUCAGGGGUUCGAGGGAGCUGGUACCCUACAGCGGGGGACCGGGAGUUGGGGUGAGGGCCAAACACAGCUGCUCAGCUGACAGCCUGCUGGAGGGUCCACCGAGGCCGGCGAGGGAACGGGACAGCAGGGUGGUCGGCAGCCUGGGGAAGUCCUCCUCUCUUACUCAGAACAGCAUCGUGCUGAGUAAGGCUGGUGGGCAAGACGAUGGACGUGGGGGCAGGAAGUGGAGGCCAUCUAUAGCUGUCCAGGUGGACAGCUCAGAGACCCUGUCAGACUCAGACAAUGAAGGAAAGGCCCUAACAGAGGUGCACUCUGUAGGAAUCCAAGUGGAAGAUGAGAAAAGGCGUGCACGUUUCAAACGCUCCAACAGCGUGACGGCGAGCGUGCAGGCCGACCUGGACCCCGAGGGCUUCCCGGGGCUCAGCAUUGCCGUGCCAACACAGGACAAGAGUCUCCAGUUCGGCUGCUCCUUCCAGAGGCAUUCGUCAGAGCCAGAGUCCGCGAGCCAGUACACGGAGUGCCACCGCACCGUCCACACACAGGGCCAGUGGGCCUACAGAGAGGAUUUUAUACAGGGUGGGUAUACCUCAGAGGCCUGCCAAGCCGACUCGCUGCCCCACCAGGCUCCACACUUGCCUCCUCGUGCCCACACCCCUUUGCCCAUUACAUCGGAGCGAGCCUGGACGGGGACGCCGUCCAUCGAGGGCCCACGCAGCCUGCCCGACUCGGGCCGAACCUCGCCCUGCAUGAGAGAUGGGGAGUUCUUCUUGCGCCUUCUGCAAACAGAGGUGGAGAGGAUGGAGGGCUGGUGCCAGAACAUGGAGAGAGAGGCGGAGGAGAACGAACUUCUCGAGGAGAUUCUCGAGCUCAUUCGAAACGCAGUUGGCAGUGCCCAGAUGCUCAUGUCUCAAAAAGUCCAGCAGUUCUUCCGUCUGUGCCAGCAAAGUGUGGACCCCUCCGCCUACCCUCAACCCACAUCGCAGGACCUGGCAGCCUUCUGGGAACUGCUCCAGCUCAACAUCGAGGAUGUAAGGGUUAAGUUUCAGGACCUCCAGAGGAUCAAGGACUCUGGUUGGAGGCUCCCACCUGAAAAGAAGGAGGACAAGAAACUUCCUCCUCCCUUACCAAAGAAGCCAGCAGGUGGGGUGAGUGGCAGCCUCCGAGACGAUAGCGUGGGAGACGGGGUCGCCGGAAGUGGAGGAAGUGGGUCGGGAGGGCUAGUGGUGCCACGAAUUGGAGGGCACACCCUUCCCAUCAGGGAAAAAUCUCUGGACCUCGGGGAUCGCCAGAGGACAGAGGCGAGAAGGAGGCUGCUGCAGACCAAGCGCACCGCCUCAUUCAGGCAGAACUCGGCCACAGAGAGUGCCGACAGCAUUGAGAUCUACAUCCCCGAAGCCCAGACUAGACUCUGAACACUCUUCCGUACACCAACCCUUUACUCCUGCAGAGUUUUUUUUAUAACCUUCUGCAAGUCCUCACUGUCCACAAGCUACUCCCCUCACCACUGUCCAUCAAAUCAAGUAACCACCCAUUAAACAAGCAAUGACAGCCAUUUUAGUGUCUUGAAAUUCGAACAUAUUGUCGACACGG